AUUCAUUCCUAAACAUUUUCCUUUUUUAUUUUAUGAUUCUGAUGUAGUGUCUGACAAGCUUGUUCAUGAUAAUCACAGACUCAAGCUCACAGGAAGUAUUACUCCACAACUUCUGAGAAGGUUUCACUGAAGACAUGGUUAUCACACCUAGCUGGUGGGUCUGACGAUGCUGCUCAUGAGGUUGGAACUCAAGCACUAAAGCUGUCCUUCCUCCCUGUAUCCCAAGAAGCUGACACCAGAGGAGACCCCUCUCUCAGCCUAUGGUAUUUAUUGUUUCUCCGGUGUAGCAAAUACUCUUGUUUACUCUUCCCUGUCUGGACUAUCCAGUAUUUGAGAUCAAGUAAGUAGCUGUUUACUAGAAAGUUGUUGAACAGGAUGGACAGUUUGAUGAAUCACACUGAGGGAGAUUGAGGAGGCAGAAUAAUGGAAACAUCAAAUUGAAUUAAUCCAGAAUGAUCAGUCAUAGAGAAGGAAUUUGGAAGUGGACCCUGGCAUGCUGAUGAUGUAACCCUGGCCAUGAUAUACAUCUGCCUUACUGGAAAAGAAAAUAUUUCGCUGCUUCUGCUGCUACAUGUAUUCAGGUGGGAGACAAGAAUGAGUCAGCAGCUCCUGUGUUCAUCUCCAAGUUUAGCUGCUUCUGCUGCUGCAUGUAUUCAGAGGGAGACAAGAAUGAGUCAGCAGCUCCUGUGUUCAUCUCCAAGUUUCGCUGCUUCUGCUGUUACAUGUAUUCAGAGUGAGACAAGAAUGAGUCAGCAGCUCCUGUGUUCAUCUCCAAGGUGGGAGACAAGAAUGAGUCAGCAGUUCCUGUGUUCAUCUCCAAGUUUCGCUGCUUCUGCUGCUACAUGUAUUCAGAGGGAGACAAGAAUGAGUCAGCAGCUCCUGUGUUCAUCUCCAAGUUUCGCUGCUUCUGCUGCUACAUGUAUUCAGAGGGAGACAAGAAUGAGUCAGCAGCUCCUAUGUUCAUCUCCAAGUUUUGCUGCUUCUGCUGCUACAUGUAUUCAGGUGGGAGACAAGAAUGAGUCAGCAGCUCCUGUGUUCAUCUCCAAGUUUUGCUGCUUCUGCUGCUACAUGUAUUCAGAGGGAGACAAGAAUGAGUCAGCAGCUCCUGUGUUCAUCUCCAAGUUUGCUGUUUCUGCUGCUACAUGUGUUCAGAGGGAGACAAGAAUGAGUCAGCAGCUCCUGUGUUCAUCUCCAAGUCACUGCCUCUGCUGCUACAUGUAUUCUUUCAGAGGGAGACAAGAAUGAGUCAACAUCUCCUGUGUUCAUCUACAAGGUAACCUCAGGAUAUGCCUCCAUUGCUGGAAUUGAGAUCACUGUCCUUAUUGGUUCUUAUUCUACAAUGAAUUUGAAUGCACACUGUCCUUCAAUCAGAAGCAAAGAGUGCUUAUAAAAGCAAAAGCAUUGCAAGCUCUUACCAGUCAGGCUCUGGCCAUAUUCCAGGACACAGUGGGUCCUGGGUGUGUCUAAAGCCCAACUAUAUAUUGGAUAGACAAGGCAGACUGCUCCUGACAUGUAUAGGAGUCAUAGCCGUGGAAAUCCCAGCAAAAUCAGGGAUUGUUUGAUUACCAGCCUUAUAAGUACUAGUCACCUACUCUGUCUCCUAUGUAGGAAGUAGCAUCCUGCUUCUGAAGCAACUGCUUCUCUGUUAAGAUUUGAUAUUGCUGUGUCAGACUUGAAAUGCUGUAUCAUCUGUUAGGAAAGUUUUCCGUUGCAGACAUUAGUAUAUGACAGAUACUGGUAGAGUCAGGUUCCUUUCUUCCACCUGGGAAGGUACUGUGGGAACUAUUAUGGCAUACUGAGUGUUCACUAACAACCCCUAGAGCUUAGGUAUAUAUUACUCAUUGACAUUUGUUGACGAAAUCUUACCUAUCACAAUAGGCAUGCUUUCACAAUUAAAUGUAGUACAAGAAAUUAAUUUUUGAUCACCCUGUUGCAAUUUAUCAUCACAGAUUAACCUCUCCCAGCUUGAUUCGAAGUCCCCUUGUAUUUUGGCAUUUGCAAGACCUAGACCUUUUGUUCUUUUUUCCUACUCAACCCAUUCCUCUUUAUUUCAUGAGGCCAGACCUGAGAUUUGUUGCAAAUCAAUUAUUUACUGGUGCUGAGUGGAUGUUAUUACAUAUUUACCUUCUAAAUAUUUCAUACUCCAAUUUUCUUGUUUCUUGGUUAUAAUUUGUUUGUUUGUUUGUUUCCUUUUUAGUGUGUUUUGUUGGUUAAGUGUGUAGAUCUUGUCUCUGUAACCCCAGCCAAUGAACUCCUCUGUCUUAUAAUACAUUGGAAUUUAGAUAACACUCUUCCUAAAGAUUCAUCUACCACCUCUUAAUCUGUUCGAUUUUUUUCUGCCUUCUUUUCAACAUAGAAUAUUGAUGCUUUCUGGGUUGGAGAGAUGAAGUCAAGUAACAUCACUAAUAGUACACCCAAACCUGCCAGGCAUAUAGAGAGACCCCAACUGCACAUCCUUGCUUUAUUUCCCAUCUACUCCAUGAUGGAAGACCCUGCUUAGAGGCAUCUGAUGCCCAGAUCUAACAGUAACAUAUAUAGGAACCCAAAGAAUUUUGAUGUGAGAUCUGAACUUGCUUUACCAGCAAGGCUGCAUAAGACGUGAUUAUACCAUGGGGCUGAUUACUAAGUGUUUUGAAGCACCUACAAUUCUUUAUGACAAUUAUGGAUGGUGGUAAAUUUAUCAAUUUUAAUGACAGUUUUUAUAGUGAUGUUACCUGCAGUUUGAAAUUCACAGAGCCAGGAGGGUAUUAGUAACAAAAUAGACAUAUUAAUGGCUUAGUAAGCAGACAAUAGAAGCUUCAUCAUACCAAGAAAUGUUAAAAUGACAUUAUUUUUAUAAAAAAGAGAAGAGAGUACAUGUUUUUUCAGUAUUUCGAUAUUUUGAAGUGUAGGAUAUUUACUCAGUGUAGCUCUUGUUCAAUGUAUGAGGGAUUAAAAAAGAAUUGUGGAGAUACCGGUUUGAUGCUCUAUUUUGUUCUAGGAAGCAGACAAAUAGGUUUGACAGUGGUGGAAAAAAAGGAUAGCAUCAGAGAAGAAAUUUUUGAAGGUAUUAUUUGCAUAAUCACAACAUGUGUAUGUUUUCUGAGGAAUACCCAUCAAAUUAAUUUAUGCUUUCUUGAACAUAGUCUAUGACAUAAUGUAGAGGGAUAUAUCAGCAAGCUAACUGUUCAGAAUUAUGAAGGACGUGGAAAUAUUAUUAGAAUAUACAAAUUAAAAUAUGGCAUUUUGUAUUACCAUCCAAUUCUAAGACAAAGGCAUCAUGAGUGGUUAGUUACAAUAAAAUAUCUUAGUUUUACUGGACAGUUUGCUUAACAUAUUCUGGGAAUUUCAUAACUGUGUACAAAUAGUAGAUGGACUUUUUAAUUAAAGAUAAUAUCUCAGAAGCUGAUUUGGGGUAAAUUCUGAUACAUGGGAGAAACAAAAGAAUAAGACACUGGCAUGUCUCUACCAACUCCAUGAAUCCUCUGAAUGAAUGUCUCUGAGUCCUUAGUCAAAAGCUAUCCAGGUGAAAAACCUCUAGUUCCUGUUUCCUCAGGCCUUAUAUACCUUAAUGUGCCCAGCCAUCACUUCUUCUAUAGUGCUGGGAUUAAUGGCAUUUGUGCUUCCCAAAUCCUGGCAUUGAAUUUCUAAGAUCUCAAGUGCAGGUAUUAAAAGAAAAUGAUAACCAAGUACUAGAAUUAAAGGUUUAUUCCAAUAAUACCUGACUUUAUUUCUCCUUUAGACUGAGUCAAUCCCAUCUAAUCCUGGGUAGCUUUGAAGGUGCAGAGAUACACAUAGAUCUCUGCUUCCUGAGUGAUAGGAUUUCAGGUGUUUGCCACCAUUUCCUGGCCUCUAUGUUUACUCUAGUGGUUUGUUCAGUGUUCUGAUCUUCAGGCACAUUCUUUAGGGUACACAAUAUAUGACCACACAUACCUGAGAGAGACACUAUGUCUAUCUGAUUUGAUGUUCAUCUCUGAAUGCCACUAAAAUGUGAUGGCUAUUUAAGCAUACCUGUCUUCUUGAAACUGUAUCAGCUGCAAAUGCAUGCAUAUUUCUUCGGUAUAAAACCCAGCAAACAUUCUAGUAUAUCCUGUGGAAGAAUGGUGAAUUGAAAAAUGUAUGAGUGGCUUACAUUUUUUAGUAAGCUGACGAAAGUGGAAAGAUAGAUUUUCUCAUGUAUUCUAGCCCUGGUAAUCUGCCAAUGGGCUAUUAGUUGUUCUCAUACCAAUGCAUACUCAGAUGAUUUACAUGAACCAUAUCAAAAAAUAGAGCAAGUAACACGAUCAAAAGAUGGAGUAGUGAUUGUAGAUGAGAGGGAAAUCUAGGGAAGGGUAUGCAAUGAAUUUGUUCAAAAUUGGAAUAGUUUCACUUUAAUACUGAAGAGGAAAUUGUAAGAGUAUGAAGUGGUACUGUGACACCAAAAUUAAUUCCAAAUGCAUGCAGAUAUGUGUAGAACCACACCAAAAAUCAAACAGACAAAUAUGCAAUUGCUGAAGGUAUAUAUGUAUCAUGAGUAUAUCUUUCUAAAAGGAAUACAUCAGAUCAUUGCUUAUUUAACAUGACACUGUAAGAUACAAUAUGCAAUUUAGGGAUGUUCAGAGAAGGUCUUCAAAUUCACAUCUCUACAAUGCAAACAUCCAUUUUCAGGCACUAUGUACACACACACACACACACACACACACACACACACACACACACACACGUUUAUAUAUAUAUUGCUCAUGUCCUAACUGAAAUUCAAGCAUUUAAUCAUUUCUAUUGGGGAAGCUAACAUGUCAUAUCAGAAACUGUCAGCAGCAAGCAGCAACUGGCAGCAGAGAAUCAUAAUCAUCCAUUUCUAGGCAUAAACGGAGACUUUCCUGUAGAUGGGCAGUAUGUAGACACCAGCAGAGGGAUAAAUGAUCACUCCUAACCUCCACUGGUUGUAUUUUUCUUUUUGAUAUUUGGAGUGAGAACUCAGGAUCAAUUACUUUCUUUCCUUCUCAACCACUUUAAGUCACUGCUUGUGCUGCUACAUGUAUUCAGGUGUGAGACAAGAAUGAGUUAGCAGCUCCUGUGUUCAUCUCCAAAGUAACCUCAGGGUUUGUCUCCAUUGCUGGAAUUGACACCACUGUCCUUAUUGGUUCUUAUUCUACUAUGAAUUUGAAUGCACACUGUCCUUCAAUCAGAAGCAAGGAGUGCUUAUAAAAGAGACAGCAUUGGGAGCUCUUACCAGUCAGGCUCUGGCAUAUUCCAGGACACAGUGGGUCCUGGGUAUGACUAAAGCCCGACUAUACACUGGAUAGAAAAGGCAGACUGCUCCUGACAUGUACAGGAGUCAGAGACUGUGGAAAUCCCAGCAGAGGCAGGGAUUGCUUCAUUCCCAGCCUUAUUACUCCUAGUCACCUGCUCUGUCUCCUGUGCAGGAAAUAGCAUCCUGCUUCUGAAGCAACUGCUUCUCUGUUAAGAUUUGAUAUUGCUGUGUCAGACUUGAAAUGCUUUAUCAUCUGUUAGCAAGGUAGUCAAUUGCAUACCUCAGUAUAUGACAGAUGCUAGUGGAUUCAGGCUCCUUCCUUCACUCUGGGAGGAUACAUUGGGAACCACUCUGGCAAUGAUAGUGUUCACAAGAAACCUUAGAGUCUAUGAAUAUAUCACACAGUGACAUUUGCUGUUGAGACCCUACCUUCAUUCACAAUAUAUUAUAGUGCAGGAUAUUAAGAUGUUAUCAUCCUGUUGUCAUUUAUAUUCACAGAUCCAACUUUCCAAGCUUGAUUUGCAUUCUCCUUGUAUUUUGGCAUAUACAAGCUGUAGUUCUUUUGUUCUUCUUUCCUAGUCAUCCCAUUCAUCUUUAUGUCAUGAAGCUAGGCUUGAACUUUUUUUGGAAAUAAAUUAUUUACUGUUGCUCAGAGGAUGGUAUUACAUAUUUCCCUUCUAAGUUAUUCACACAACAGAUUCUUUUUUCUUUGUUAUGAUAUGUUUGGGUUUUUUUUGUGUAACUGUGCAGAUCUUGUCUCUGUAACCUCAGCCUCUGAAUUCCUAUGUUUUAUAAUACAUUGGACACUAGAUAGCACUCUUCCCACAUAUUUAUCUACCACCUCUGAAUCUGUUAGAUUUUUUCUGCCUUCUCUUUGACAUAGACUAUUGAUGCUUUCUGGGUGGGAGAGAUGAAGUCAAUUAACAUCACACACAGUACAGCCAAGCCUGACAGGCAUAUAGAAAGUACCCUCCUGCACAUUCUUGCAUUAUUUUACAAAUAGUGGAUGAUGGAACACCUCUGAUUAGAGACAUUUGAUGCCAACAUUGAAAGGGUACAUAUAUGGAAGCCCACAGGGUUUUGCUACUGAGAUCUGAGCUUGCUUUACCAGCAAGGCUGAAUAAGAGGUGAUUAGACCAUGUGGUGAUUACUAAGUGUUUUGAAGCAUCUACACUUGUUUCUAACAAGUAGAGAUGGUGGUAAAUUUUCAAUUUUACUGAAAUUUUUAGUUCUUUUAGCUGCAAUUUUCUAAUUAAAAGAACCAGGAGUGUAUGAGUAGAAAUAAUGACUGUAUUAAUGGCUUACUAAGUAGUCUAUAGAAGCUUCAUUGUGCCAAAAAUGUUAGAAUGACAUUAGAUUUAAAAAGAGAAAGAAGAGAGAACAUAACUUUUAGGUAUUCUGAUAUUUUGAAGUGCAGGUCAUUCCUCCGUGUAGCUCUUGAUGCAUGUAUGAGGGAUUACAAAAGAAGUGUUGAGAUACUAUGUUCUUAUCUACAAAGCAGACAACCAAGUUUGGAAGUGAUGGAAAAAAUGGAUAGAGUCAGAGAAAGAAAAUUCAUGGAGUUAUUGGUUGCAUAAUCACAAUAUGUGUGUGUUUUCUGAUGAAUAUUCAUCAAGGUACUUUAUGUUUUCCUGAAUAUAGUCUACUCCACAAUGUAGAUGGGUAUAUCAGCAAGCUAACUGUUCAAAAUUAUGGAGAACUUAGAAAUAUUAUUAGAAUAUACAAAUCAAAAUAUGACAUUUUGCAUCACUCUCCAAUUCUUGGAGACAAGACAUAGUUAGUGGAUAGUGAAAGUAAAAUCCCUGAGUUUUAAUGGACAGUUUGCUUAAAAUAUUUGGCAAAUGUCAUAACUGUUGUACAAAUAGUAGAUGGAUUUUAAAUAAAAAACACAAACAAACAAACAAACAAAAAACCAGAAGCUCUUAU